CUUAAACAACUCCGGCACGAUCGACAUCAUGGCGUCUAACGUGCUACCCCUGUUCUGGGACUUGGCGUCAUCUUCUCGUGAAAAGCGUUUGGGAGCGAGCGCCGACCUUGUCGCGGCUGCCCAGACAUUCCAAGCAACCUACUCCGCACCCGAGAAGGCAUCCGGAGACGAGGACGAAGACGACGACGAUGAGGGCGAUGACGGAUCCGAAUCGGGUAUGGAGGUGGACGGAGACGAUGAAGAAGAAGGGCCAAGCGCUGUUGACCCAGUUCUUGCCGCCAAGCUCGAUGCAGCGCUGGCACGCAAUAACGCUCCGGACGUGGUAUACUGCAUCAAGCGACUGGUCCGCGGAUUGGGUUCGUCGCGUGAGCACAGCCGACUCGGCUUUGCUGUUGCCCUGACUGAAUUGCUUGCGCGCUCUCAGAACGUGACCGCAGCGCAAGUGCUUUCGCUCCUUCUGCGCGCGUCGCAGUGGAGCAAGGGGAUGAAGGGGAGUGACGAGCGCGACAUGAUGUUUGCGCGCCUCUUCGGUGUAAUGGCUGUCGUAGACUCAGGGCUGCUCUUCGCGCCAUCUGCGACCCUUGACGACUUCUCGACAGUGCUCGAGAGCCUGCUGGCACUCGCAGACUCCAAGGCGUGGCUCGCCGAGGCUGCAGGCUGGGGACUGCUUCGGGCAGCCGAGGGGCUUCUCGCCGCCAGUGUCGAGUGGAAGGAUGAGGCGCUCGAGCGCCUCACGGAGCGCGUGUACGCGGACCGCGCAUGGUCGCCAGAAAAGGUUGCGCUCACACUCGCGCUGCAGCGGGGCGCACCGGAUCUCGACUGGAAGGCGCUGCUCUCACCAACAUUCAAGUCAACGCCGCUCCUUACGUCGCCGAACCUCGUUACUCUCGGUCGCAUGCUUAAAGAGGGCGGCGAGGACGACGCACGCGCGGGCACGUACCAGCCCAAGCUGCACUUCGUGUGGGAUGGCAUCUUCGCUGAGUACUUCACGCACUCGGCGACAGGGAUUGCGCCAUUCGCCGAGCUGUUCCGCACCGUCGUUGAUGAAGCACUCUUCGCCAACACCUCCUCCGCUGAGCGCAAAUACUGGGGCUUCCAGGUGUUUGAGCGUGCUCUCCCCCUGCUGCCGGCGGACAACGUCCCCCUCGUCUUCACGCCCAACUUUAUGCGCUCGUGGAUGAACAACCUCUCUUCCACCGACCGCCACCUCCACAAAGCGGCUGUCCAGGUCGCUCGCAAAGUGAACGAGCACGUCAAGGCUGACCCAACCGCCGGUUUCACGCUCCUCUCUCAACUCGUUGGCAAGCACGGCCGCCCUGACUUUGACCGCGUCACGAAGACCAAGACGGUUGAGGGGAUCAUGAGCUCGCUCUCGGUCGACGGCGUUGAGAAGUACGUCGGGUACCUCGAGAAUGUUCUCGUUAGCGAGGACGAGGGCGGCCUCGAUGAGCGCCGCACCUGGGCGCUGGACCAGAUGCUUGCCCUCGCGCGCAACGGCGCCGUGCCCCGCGCGGACAGCUGGAUUACGCGCGUGCUGGAAGCGCUCCUCGUGCACGGAUUUUUCCUGAUUCGCAAGGCCGACAAGCGCUCGAAGAUCGUCGCCCUCCGCGCCAUGCCCAAGCCUCCCCUCUCGGACGUCGUCGCGGCGACCGCGCGCGCGCGCUUCUUCUCCGUCCUUGUUGAGGUCACCGCUCACAAGGAGGAUGGGAAGGAGGGCACCGACAGCACGGGCAAGUUGUGGCUUACGCGUGCGCUCGACACAAUGGCGACUCUCGAGAAGAGCUCGGCCGUCGAGCUCGUCACGGACGCCGACGACGAGAUCAAGAAGAUCCGCUCUGAUGCUCUCGCGGCUCUUGCGCCGCUCGGUGACGAGCCGGCCGCGCGUGGUGCGCGUAUUCUGGUCUCCUUCCUCGUCCUACAGACGUAUGACGAGGCUGAGGACGCGCUCGACAUGCUGGACGAGGCCGUGGGCGCUGUCCGCGCUCUGUUCCCCGCCAAGAAGCGCGGACGCAAAAAGGCCGAGCCUGUGGACGAGGACGCUCCGCCUCCCGUUGACGCCCUACUCGAUGUCCUCGUUGCACUACUGGACAAGGGGAGUGCCGACCUCCGCACUCUCGCGAACCAGGUGUUCGGCAUGCUUGUGCCCGCCAUGACGGCGAGUGCUGUGGAGCAUCUUGUGGCUCAGCUCGAGCAGUCGGGCGCGGCGGCUGCUGAGGGCGAGGAUGACGACGAAGAUGACGACGAGGAGCACGAACACGGCCCCGACUGCGACCACUCUGAUGAUGAGGACGAGGAGGAGUCGGAUGACGAAUCGGUCGCAUCUGACGACACCGAUGCCAACGCUGAGGUCGACCCCGAGUUCCGCCGCCGCGUGGCUGAGGCGCUCAAGGUGUCUGGCGUGCUUGACGAGAAGGAGGAGGGCGGUGAGGACGACAGCGACGACGAGAGCGUGUGGGACGACGAGCAGAUGAUGAAGGUCGAUGAGCAGCUGGCCGCCGUGUUCAAGCAGCAAGCGAGCAGCAAGAAGGCGGACCUGAAGCACGCGGCGACCGAGGCGCUGCACUUCAAGAACCGGGUGCUCGACUUCUUUGACGUCUUCCUGCGCCGGCCGACACCGUUGGCACUCGCGCUCCUCCUGCCUCUGCUGCACGUGGUGCGCGGUGGGGGCGAGCUCGGCAACAAGGCCGCGGGCAUUCUGCGCACGCGGCUGAAGAGCACUCUUUCUGCCUCGAGCGACGAGGCUGAGCUCGAGCGCGCAGGCAAGAUCCUCUCCGAGAUCCACUCUUUAGCGCGCCGCGCCCCCACCGCCGAGUUCUCGGGUCUCUGCAGCGCUGCGUCUCUCUUCGCCGCGCGUGUGGCGCCCGCCCAGGCGCUCGAGGAGUACAAGGCUACGCUGGCCGACUUCGUGACACGCAAGCACUCCGGCGUUCACCCUCCAUUCCUGCAGGAUUACGCCCGCCGGAACGCGGGCAAGGCAUGGCCGCUCGCGAGCGAGAUUAUAACUCUCCUCAAGGACGGCAAGGCCGCGAACGCAUAUCGCCACGCCCAGUCAUAUGCGCUGCUCGGCGCGCUGCUCUCGCAAGCACCCGCAUUGGUCAAGGCUGGCGAGAUCACAGCAGCCGACGCCGAGGCGGUGGUCAAGGGCUCGAUGAGCGACGUGUAUACUGUGCUCGAGGCGGCGGCUGAGGGCGGCGAAUGGAAGGCCGACCGGCUCAAGGACGCGGCCAAGUUCGCGCUCGUUGUCGCGCGCUCCGCGCGCGCUCUGGACAUUGGGGACGCGUGUGAUGCCCCACGUCUCGCGACAGUCCUCGAGAGCGUCAAGGCUGGACGGACAAAGGACAUGAAGGGCGUGCAUGCGCUUCUGCAGCAGCUAGGGGCUGUGCUGUCGAAGAAGGAGGGCAAGAGCAAGGAGGGGAAGGGGAAGGGGAAGAAGGCGGACGGGGCAAAGGCUGAGGUGAACGGUGCAGCGCAGGUGGAGGAGCCAAAACCUGUCACGGGCAAGCGGAAGGCAGUGAAGGAGAAACCGGCCAAGGGCAAGAAGAAGGCCAAGGCUGAGUAGGGCAGGGGGUUCAUAGACAUGCAUUCGGUACAUUAGUUG